GAAGGCUGCUUACUCUUGCAAGCUGGCUUCUGAGAUUGCACCUUUUCUUCAUGCUCCUCCUCCAACUCUAUGACCCUCCAAGGCAGAGUUGAUCCGCCUAGGAACCAAGACAAUGCAGCAAGCAACACAGUUACAGUUGUCACCUAAUGGGCAGAGCUCCUACCAGUCCCAGCCCAGCCCCAAUCUCCAAGACAAAGUGGGGACACUGUGUUCACAGCCUCCAUGUGAGCCACCUGCGUCCAGGGAGACCCUCCCACAACAGCUGGACAAGGACAAGAAGGUGCUCAAGCGUAUUCCACGCCUCCGGGCUGUGGUCGAGAGCCAGGCUUUCAAAAAUGUCCUGGUGGAUGAGAUGGACAUGAUGCUGUCUCGUGCAGCCACCCUCAUCCAAGCCAACUGGAGGGGCUACCGGCUCCGGCAAAAGCUGAUCUCCCAGAUGUCGGCAGCUAAAGCCAUCCAGGAGGCCUGGCGACGCUUCAACAACAAGCGCCUCCUCCGGUCUGGCAAGGCAGUAGAGAAAAAACUGAAUGUGGAUGAGAGGGACAUCCCUUACCACCCCCCUCAACAAGUGCGGUUCCAGUAUUCAGAAGAGGGCAAGAGUCUUCCAGCCUCCCCUGUAAUGGUGAGUAAGGAGACCCAGUUCCCUUCUGCUGACAGCUUGGCUUCCUGUGCCCACCAGCUGGCCCUGCUGCGGCCCCUGGGCAUUCCACAGCCCAGCAUGCAGGCUCCUUGUGCCACUGGAGGCUCCAGCGUCACUUUCUUGCCACACCAGACUGUUCCCAUCAGACUUCCGUGUCCAGUGAGUCUAGAUGCAAAGUACCACCCAUGCCUGCUAACGAGAACCAUCAGAAGUAACAGCUGUGUCCACUUAGAAGGGAACAUGAUAAAGACCACGCAAGUGACUGUCAGAGCCAACAAGGCAGGAGCCUCAGGGCCACCACCAAGUGGAAAGUAUGCCCAGGCACUUUAUGGAUCCCUCAAGACCCAGACCCAGGCCCAUGUGGAAGCAGAGGGCCGCAAAGCCCCACCCCAGACAGGCCAAGCAUCUAGGUACCCGGCAGCUGUAGUGACCAAGACCCCACUCCAGUCGUGCUUGGCAUCCAUGAUGAACAAAACCCAACCCCAACCAUGCCCACCUCCCACAGUAAUAAUGGCCAAGACCCCACCCCAGAUGGACCAGGCAGCCCCAGUGGCCAAGACCCCAUUCCAGUCAUGCCUGGCAGCAAUCUUGAACAAGAUCCCAACCCAGCCAUGCCCGGUACCCACAAUAAUGCUAAUGAAGACCCCACCACAGUCGUGCCUGACUGCCCCAAUGACCAAGACCCCAGCUCAGAUGCAACCAACAGCCUCGAUGACCAACACUGCACCCCAUACACAACCAGCUGCCAUGACCUCAAUGAUCAAGCCCCCUACACAAACCUGCCCAGUGCCUGCAAUGGCCAAGACCCCACCGCAGACCUGCCCAGUGCCUGCGAUGGCCAAGACCCCGCCGCAGACCUGCCCAACCCCGCUGCAGAUGCACCCAGUGGCCACGAUGGCUAAGACCCCACUACAGACAUGCCCAGUGGCUACAAUGGCCAAGACCCCAUCUCAGAUGAUCCCAGGGGCCUCAGUGACCAAGACCCCUCCCCAGACACGUCUGGUGGCCAUGAUCACCAAGACCCCAGCCCAGUUACGUUCGAUGGCUGCCACCAUCAGGACCCUCUGCCUGCCUCCUACUGCAGCUGGAAAUCUGAAGGCUUCACCUCCAACAGUCUUGGCAGCUGGGACUCCCAAUACCUCAUCGCAUACAUAUCUAAAUAGACCAAAGGCUAAGGCUGUGGUGACCACGAGGCAGAUGGCAGGCACGGCCAAAGUCUCAUCUCAUUCACACUUGACUGAGGGAAAGAUGAAAUACUGCCCACCACAUCUGGGAGCUGGGGCUCCCAAGGCUCCAGCUAGGCCUUUCUUGGAAGCCGAGAAAAUCAAGACCUUCUCCCAGAAACAGAUAAAAACAGCAACCAUGUCUAACACCAGUGUGGCCAAGGACAGGACCAAGGUCUUAUCACAGGCUCACCUGAAGACAGAUGUCAUGAAGGUUCAGUCCCAGGUGUAUGUUCCUGUAGAAAUGUCUGGGGUGCAGUCCCAGGCACAGCAGGGCACAUAUCCAACCAAGACCCUGCCCCAGGCACAGAUGGCCACCUUUUCAACCACAGCCUCACCCCAGGGACAUCUGCUCAGGUUGCAGACUACAGCCCUGCCCCAGGCAAAUCUGGGCACGUGUCUGUCCAAGCCCCCACCCCAGGCACACCCACCAGCCAAGCUAACCAAGGCCCCAUCCCUGGCCCAUCUGGGCACGUGUCUGACCAAGACGCAGUCCCAGGCACAUCUGACCACAGGAGUGAUAAAGGUCAAGUCUCAAGCACAUCUGCCUACUGGGCUGACCAAGGCACAGUCUCAAGCCCAACUGGUCACAGAAACAGCCAAGUGCCUCUAUGCUGCCCACCAGGCUGCUGAGCUCAAUGGCAAGACUCAGUCCCAACCGCUCCUGGCUGGGUUCAAGGCCUCCACCCAGCCCUGCCAACAUGUUGGCUCUCUUGGCACUUUGUCCCGAGCCAAACCAGAGGACAGACUGACCCAGCUCCCGGCCCACAGCUAUGCCCAGGGCAAAGCCACACAGGGCCCAUGCCAGGGGGCCCCCGAGACCCCGAGCAAACUGGUGCCUCUGCUGGCAUCUGCUGGACACCCCACAUGCAACAUUGAAUCCUGGGGUGACAGCGGGGCCACCCGGGCCCAACCAUCAACUGCCAGCCCAGCUGUGCCUUGUGAGGAGGAGCUGGGGGCCUCCCAGCUUGCCUCACUGUGUGCUGAGCUGGCUGCCGUGCUGGGCUCCCAGGAGGACCUCCGCGCUCUGCUGGCAAAAACUCUCUCCCAGGGGGAACUGAGGGCAGCACUGAACCAGGCCCUGUCCAAGGAGGUCCUGGGUACCACGAUAGCCAAAACCCUGCCCCAGGGCAUGCUAGGCACAGCACUGGUGAAGGCGCUGUCCUGGGGUGACCUGGGCACUGCACUGUCCCGCGCCCUUUCCCGGGGUGAGCUGCGGGCAGAACUCACUAAGGUCAUGCAGGGCAAACUGGUGGAUAUGCUCAGCAAGGCCCUGACAGAGGAAGAGUGGGCCACCCUGAGCCAGGCCCUGUGCCAGGGUGAGCUGGGUGCCAUCUUGAGCCAGUCCUUAUCUCAGGCAGCCCUCCGGACUGGACUCAUCCUCCCUAAGGCUGCCUCGAAAACACUGGGAAGUGGGAUGAUGGUGACGCCAGCCCCAGUGGAGAUGGACUAUAGGGAGAGCCCGUCAGCUGCGUGGGGGCCCAUCCUGGGCCAUGUGAGACCACAGCCUGUCAAGGGCCCCGUGGACGCCGGCGUGGCUGGUGGGCAGGCUUGGAACACUGCCAUCCCCAGUGUUGCCAUCGGACUCAUGAACAGCACCAAGGCCCCCUGUGGUUCAUGGGAACCAGCCAGGUGCCCUAUGCAGUGGGAUGCCGAGGGCAGCGAGGCAGCGCUGGAUUCCAGACGAUUUGGGGAGCUGGUGGCGUCAGUGCAGACUGUGGAGAAGAUAAUAGUGCAAGCUGCAGUCACUAUACAGGCGUGUGCACGUGGCUACUUGGUGCGCCGUACCAUCAAGGUGUGGCAUCAGUGGGCUAUCAUCAUCCAGGCUGCCUGGCGUGGCUACUGUGUGCGGCGGAACCUGGCCCAGCUCUGCAGAGCCGCCACGAUCAUCCAGGCCACGUGGCGAGGCUACUUCAUUCGAAGGAGCCAAACUCAGCAAAUGCUGCUCCCUGGCACAUGGAUUGAGGUGGGUGGCAGGGCCAGGUGCACCUCCGACCAUCGCUGCUUUCAGUCCUGCCAGCCACACGUUUGUACCCUCUGCCAGUCACUGAGUCCCCAGCUGGGGAGCCCACCCAGUGCGGUGAUGCUCGUGGGUUCCAGCCCCCGCACGUGCCACAUGUGUGGCCAGACCCUACCCACGCGGGUGGUGCAGGGCAUGGGCCAAGGCACCACAGGCCAGAGGGGCAUGCUGUGGGACAAUGACACCCAGCCAACCCCCCAGGGACCCCAGCAACCCCAUAGCCAGAGUAAGGCAGCCACCAUCAUCCAGUCCACCUGGAGGGGCUUCGUUGCACGUCGCCAGCUGAGGCAGCAGCAGGUAGCAGCCAAAAUGCUUCAAGCCACCUGGCGUGGCCACUACACCCGGGCCUCCCUAACCACAGAUGCCCUUUUGGGGACAGCGGCAUGGGACAACCCACAGAACAUGCAGUGGCCAGGAGUGUAG